AUGGGAGUAUAUUGCCAAAUGUCUUAUUGAUAUAUUUUUAUUAAUUGUUUAUUUGAGUUAAAAGUUAUAAAAUUUACGAGAAAUACGAGAAAAUAACAAAUUGGAUUAUGAUUUUUUGUAAAAACUUGUAAAUUUAUAAAGAACGAAAAUAAUUCAUUUCAAUAUGUCAGAAACUGAAAAUGAAGAGUAUUGGAAUAUAAAAAGCUCCGUGGAGGAUUUAGCUCAUUUAACAGGACAGUGGGAACCACCACCAGAAGAAAUAGAAAAGUUAUAUGCUAUGAUUGACAAAAAUGCAGUAAUUCAAUUACAGUGGCAAUGCCCUGGAUAUCGAACAACCUCUCCUAGUACUCCAACAACUCCUGUAGCAAGCGAACCAGUUGCAAGCACACAAGCCGAAGAGAAGGAUGAUUUUGAUUUUAUGGAUGAAAUGAGUUCUCCAAGUUUACGUGUUCGCCGUGAAGGUGAAAUUGAAUUAAAAGGAAGUGCAAAGAAAAAAACUACAUCUUUAGAUGGAGUAUUGAGUAAUAUGCGACGGCAUUGGAGACUUGCCCAAAUGGAAAAAGAAAAUCCAACAACUACAGAGACUGAAACAAAACCUUCCUAAUAUUAACUUAUAAGCUAAUUGUAAUAUACUUAAGACAGUAUUAAAACAGAAUUUUGUUUAUA